AUUCCCUUCAAUUGAUACGUUUACAGUGAAACUUUGGGUAGUUCAAAGCUAGGCAAAUGCUGAGUCGAAGAUCUUUCACACUUCUGCUCUUUGGCUUAGUGGUAUCCCAGUUCCUGUUUGGGAAUGUGAGUGGAGCACCAUUCGCGAACCAGCAUGAUGAUCAUUAUGAUUCAAGUCCAACUUUUGUUCCAGUAAAAGACCGAGUGAAAGCAAUUGACGAUCAUGCAAAGAAGAAUGGCUGGGUACCUCUGACCAAAUCCCCUUCUUUCAAAGCAAAAGCAAAACAUCACGAGCCGGUAAAAGCUACGGAGCCUGUAUCUGAGCCAGAUCACAACAACUCACCGCCUGUUUCAAUAAAAGAACGAGCCAAAGCAAUUGACGGUCUUGCAAACAAGAACGGUGGGGAGCAUCUAAGCAAUUCCCCUUCCUUGAAAGCAAAAGCAAAAAAACAAGGAUGGGUUGAUUUGUGGAAUCCAGAAAGUGGACCAAAAAAGAUUAACCGAAACUAACCAAAACAGAAAAAUUUUGAUGCAGUUCGAAACUAACUUGAUGAAAAUAAAAAAAAAAAGUGUUUUUCUAG